AUGGACCAGGAGGUUAGCUGGCCUGCCUGCGUGAGGAGGAGCCAGUUGGUGGAGGACCUCCGCGCUGACAAGGAGAGGCUAGAGAGGGAAGUGGCGGAGCUCCGUGGCGCCAGGGCAGAGGAAGAGGCGAGACCCUCAACACGCCAGAUCGACUCAUCUGAUAAGGAGCAGGACGUGGGGGAGAUGGGGUCACCAGGGAGAUUGGUUAUAGAGGAGGAGGAAGAGGAGGAGGUGGAGGAGACAAUAUGCAUUCCUGUUACUUUGCUCUUGGAUGAGGAGAUGGAGGUCCAGGAGGAAGAAGAGGAGGUCCAGGAGGAAGAAGAGGAGGUCCAGGAGGAAGAAGAGGAGGUCCGGGAGGAAGAAUGGAAGUGGCAUCAUAAACGUGGCUCCCUGUCGUCCGGAGCGGUGGCGUGCAGACGUCUGAAGGGUCUGUGGCGGCAGGAGCGGGCUGAGGAUGUGCAUCAGGGUCCGCUGGCCCCCGCUGGCCCUGCAGACACGGACUUGUUUGCCGGGCUUUUGUGGCUUCACGGACACUUUCUGGAGUUCUCUACGUCCGCCCAGUUCCCCCAGUGCUCCUUCUGCUGCUGGAGAUGUGGGCUGGCUGGGGGAAUGGAGACAGGAAGUGCAACCCCCCCUCCACCCUUUCUCCCUCGCUCUCCUUCUCCACUAAUGAGCCCCUCCUAUGUGCCCAUUGCCAUGGUGUUCUGGGCACAGACAGACCCCCUGGAGCUGGAUAAGACUGACAUUGUUGACGGUGCGGCCUCUCUGGCUGCGGAGGUGAUUGUGAGACAUCUGGAACCCCCCGUGCUGUGGCGUGGUCGCUCUGAAGUGCCGAGAGCGUGGCCGUUGUGGUUACCCGUGGCGACUGGAGGCUCGCACUGCAGCACUUGCGUCCCGGGCAGCCGACCUCAGAAAAGGAAAUUUGGGUCGUUCAAAUGGUGGGGUUGCUCCCGAGCUAUUUACAGAGCGCUCUACCGGUUGAGCGCCACCCACGAUAUUCCAUAA